AUGAAUCUUACAGAAAGCGAGCGAAAGAAAGGAGUUUAUGCUGCCUCAGCUGGUAAUCACGCACAAGCACUCUGCAUGCAUGGAAAACAAUUGGGUAUCCCCGUUACGGUGGUAAUGCCUCGACAUGCACCAAUUAAAAAGAUUGCUCAUCGCAAGAAGUUGGGAGGAAACGUCAUUGUUCAGGGGAAAAACCUAUCUGAAAGUCGGCUAAUUGCAUUGGGCAAAAGCUUAGAUGAAGGUGGAAAGUACAUUAAUGGCUAUGAUCAUAAGGAUGUUAUUGCUGGCGCUGGAACGGUUGGCUUGGAAAUAAUUGAACAGUUUCCUGACGUUGAUGCUGUAGUUUUGCCGGCAGGUGGUGGAGGACUUGUUGCAGGAGUGGCUACUGCUAUUAAAGGAUUACGUUCCGAUGUGAAAAUUAUCUCCGUUGAAGCUGAUCGUUGUCCAUCGUUCAAGAACGCUCUUCAAGUUGGUCAUCCAAUCGAAACCUCCGUUUUACCAACUCUCGCCGAUGGCUUAGCUGUAUCUGUAAUCGGUGUUAAUGCUUUUGCUACAGCUAAAGACAAAGUUGAUGAUGCGAUAGUUGUCGAUGAAAAAGCGAUCGGUUUGGCCAUCUUGCGCCUUGUUGAAUUGGAAAAGAUUGUGAUCGAAGGGGCUGGAGCUUGUGGAGUCGGAGCAUUGUUGUUAGGGAAACUCAAUCAAUUUAAAGGGAAAAAGGUGGUGACUGUGCUUAGUGGAGGCAAUAGCGAUACAAUUGGGACGCGAAUGGCUUGGGAUAACCGUCUUGUGCACUUCAAGGUGAAUGUAUCAGAUCGUCCUGGUGGGAUCUCUGAACUGACGAAUAUCAUUGCCGAGAAUGGCGCUUCAAUUAAGGACAUUUUUCUGGAACGUUCUUGGACUCGUUCUGAUGUGUUUACUGUGCGAGUGAAAAUUGUGGCCGAAACGCGGAAU